CAAAUGCUAACGCCGUCGUAUUGGCUCUCGUCCUCGCCUACUGCUAUAGACCAAAAAGGAAGAGAGCGGAAUCCAUGUCCGAUAUUUUGCAUUUUGAAACAAAAUCUUUGUGCAACUAAAAAUUUCGAGCUCAGUAAUGGAGAACUCAAAAGUCCAAGAGAUAAUAGAGAAGCAGGUGCUGACGGUGGCGAAGGUGGUGGAGGAGAAGCUUGACGAUGAGAUCGCCGCCAUGGAUCGGCUCGAUAUCGACGAUCUGGAGGUUCUCAGGGAGCGGAGGCUCCAGCAGAUGAAGAAAAUGGCGGAGAAGCGUAGCCGAUGGAUCUCCCUCGGCCAUGGUGAGUACUCGGAGAUUCCAUCCGAGAAAGAUUUCUUCUCUGUCGUCAAGGCCAGUGACCGUGUUGUCUGCCAUUUCUACCGCGAUAAUUGGCCCUGCAAGGUAGUGGACAAGCAUCUAAAUAUAUUGGCUAAGCGGCACCUAGAAACACGUUUUGUAAAGAUCCAUGCUGAGAAAAGUCCAUUUUUAGCAGAGAAACUAAAGAUCGUUGUUCUACCAACCCUUGCGCUUAUAAAGAAUGCCAAAGUGGAUGAUUAUGUGGUGGGCUUUGAUCAACUUGGUGGGACAGAUGAGUUCAGCACAGAGGAGUUGGAGGAGAGGUUGGCUAAAGCGCAGGUCAUCAUUUUUGAGGGUGAAUCAUCCUCCCUAUCGAAGUCUAGUGUGCAUGCCAGGAGUGUGCGACAAAGCGCAAAGUCAGAUUCAUCAGACUCAGAGUAAAACUGCAUUAUAAAUUGUAGCAAAUAUUUUUGGCUUGGUGAUGGAGAGUGGAUUCCUUUCCAUCAUCUUUCAUCAUAUGUUGAGGAAGUAGAGGCGUAUCCACCUGCUAUCAUUUAGUGGUCUAGUUUGUGCUUUAGUAAAAUUUCAGAUGCAUUGUUGUCUACAUGGUAAUACCAUUCAAAUCAUUGCCUUGAUGGUAUUUAGAUGGUACAACUUUUGUAUUCAAAUGGUUUUGCAAGCUUCCAAGGAUAUAAAAAUCCCUAAUUAGUUAUAGAAAUUUGGAAAU